CAUAUUUGUCAUCAUGCUUUCUGACUAAUAAAGCAAGGGCAAAGUUUAACCUCCGUCAGACGCAAAAGUCACGCAAAAACACGUCACGUGGAAUAAUUGUGCAGCAACAGCUACAUUGACGCUUGAGGAAAUUGACGCUGAUAGUUGGGGAGACGGGGAACUUCCUCGUUUGAGAACCAGGAUCCAGGCGGCGGCGGGCGGCCUGUGAAACGCCAUCAUGUCGCUGAAAGACUCCAUGGAAUCCGGACUGGACUUCAUUGAGUUUCUGGGGGACAGAAUAUCCAAUAAAAGCAAAAAAGAACUUAAGGACAUCUACAACUCUGAAUUUAGGGGCAGAGAAGGAAUAAAAGACCCCACCUUCUACUGUGUCUUCCGAGCCCUACAGAAGUGCAACAUAACCCAAGUGAAGCAGGGGAAGAUCUACUUAAAUGUCAAACCUCGGGUUCGAGUGUAUUGUGACCAAUGGAGGAGGCCCCGGGCCACCCAGACCCCAAACAGUCCAGGAUCUGACCCUCAGAAGACAGAUGGGACAGAUGAGACACCUUCACCCUCAUCUGUCCCCUCAACUCCUUUGCAGCCUGUGCUGACCCCGAAGAAAAAGCUGGCUAAGGAAAUCCUUCAAAAGUUGAAGGUGAACAGGAAGAAGUUGACAGCUGACAAGUGGGGAAUCGAGAUCACGACAGACCCCGUGGCGCGCGGCAGAAAGGUUCAGUUAACCGUGGAUCGUCUGAGGGAGUUGUUCAUCCUCAGGUUCCACAUUUUAAACAAGGGUCCAAACUGUGUGCACUUCACCUUCUACACCGCCCUGCACAAGAUCCGCUGUUUCACUCUGGAGGAUGAGAGGAGAGUGAACAGAGCUUCUCCGCUGUUCCUCUGUCCUGGAGAAAGCUACGAGGUUUUGGUUCGAUACACGCUGAACCACUUUGGACAUUUCCCCGCCACAAUGUACUUUGAGUUCUGCCCAGAUCUGCCAGAAUCCGUGCCCUUUUGCAUCGUGAGGGAGAUGGAAGCCGUAGCCAGGACCCCUCUGGCCGUGGAGCUGGGCCCUGUGUCUCCUUACAAACCAUUUCAGGUGGUCACAUACAAGCCUGUCAACACUGUGAUAGUGGAGGGAGUACCUCCUGAGGGGUCUGUCGCCCAGCCUCUAAAGGCGACAGUGAAAUUAGGAGAACAUAAGUACCCUAAAUAUCUCAAGAACCUGGCUAAACAAAGGAUGGAGGACAAUGAGUACCUCACACCAGAUGCCAAGCAGAAACUUUCAUCAGUAAAGGGUCUCCUCAAAUCUUCCUUAAAGAUGAAGACGUAUGCUCACCGAUUUCACCUCCUGCUACACCUGGAAGAGAUACAGAUGGAGGUGGACAUCAGGAAGUACGACCUCCACGAUCAAACCAUGACUCUGGACCAAAGCAACAAAAAACUUCUCACACUCAGAGUUCCUGGUGUUGCUGAGAAUCGUCCAUCUGUGUUACGGGGAGAUUGCCUUAGGGUGUCCAAAUCAGGAGAUACGGUCGAGCCGAUCACUGUGUACACCGGAUAUGUUCACAGAGUGGAGCUUGAUAGUGUGAAGCUGGGCUUCUCAAAGAGGUUGUUGCAGAUUUUUAUCAGCAAUAUGAAGUUUAACGUGGAGUUUACUCUCAACCGGUACUCCUUGAAGCUGCAGCAACGGGCGGUGGACUUGGCAGUAAAGCAUUGGCUCGAAGAGGUGCUGUUUCCAUCUGGUGCAGCAGCGGCUAAUCUCCCCAUGCCUAAACUCAGGAUGUUCAACCAUCAGCUGGAGAACAACCCGGAGCAACACGCUGCGGUCCAGCGCAUUGUAGCCGGAUCGUCAAAGCCCGCCCCUCAUCUUGUGUUUGGACCUCCUGGAACUGGAAAGACGAUCACUCUGGUCGAAGCUAUGCAUCAGGUCAACAGGGCGGACAAGUCAGCACGCAUCCUCGCCUGUGCGCCUUCAAACAGUGCAUGUGACCUCCUCUGUGAGCGACUGAUGGUGCACACGGAUGCUUCUCAGGUUUACCGUGUGUACGCCAGCAGCCGAGACCCAAGAAGUGUCCCCAAGAACCUGCUGAAAUCUUGUAACUGGAACCAGACACAAGAAUGUUUUGUGUUUCCAAAGAAAGAAGUUCUGAUGAAAUACAAGAUCAUAGUUUCCACUAUGGUCACAGCCGGCAGGCUGGUGACUGGAGGAUUCCCAGAUAACCAUUUUACCCAUGUCUUUUUGGAUGAAGGAGGCCAGGCGGUGGAGCCAGAGUGUGUCAUUGCUAUUGCAGGUCUGCUCAGUGCAGAGAAUGGUCAGCUGGUGCUGGCAGGAGAUCCCAAGCAGCUGGGACCGAUCCUUCGAUCCCCUAUUGCCCUGCAGCAUGGACUCGGGCUUUCUCUGCUUGAGAGGCUGAUGAAACACAACUCUUUAUAUCAGAAAAGCUCAGACUCUGGGCACUUUGACACCCGCUUUGUCACCAAACUGCUGCGAAACUACAGGUCUCAUGCUGCCAUUCUGAAAAUCCCCAAUGAGCUCUUCUAUGAGAAUGAACUGCAGGUGUUUGCUGACCAGUGGGAGCGUGACACCUACUGCAACUGGGAACACCUUCCCAAAAAGGGUUUCCCGCUGAUCUUCCACGGGGUGAUGGGGAAAGACGAGAGAGAGGCCAACAGCCCUUCUUUCUUCAACGUGUCUGAGAUUGAAGUUCUGGUCGACUACCUCACCAAGCUGAUUGAAACACAAGGAAAGAAGGGGCUCCCCAAACUCUCUCCAAAAGACAUCGGCAUAAUCGCCCCUUACAGGAAACAAGUCGAGAAAAUCCAAAAGGCCCUGAAGUCCGUCUCAGCUCUGAGGCGAUGGAAUGAUCUCAAAGAGCUCAAGGUGGGCUCUGUGGAGGAGUUUCAGGGACAAGAGAGGAAGAUCAUCAUGGUCUCUACUGUCCGCAGCAGCGUCAACUACGUCAGGAUGGACAAAGACUUCAACAUUGGAUUCCUGUCUAAUGAGAAGAGAUUCAACGUGGCCCUGACCAGAGCCAGGUCCCUGUUGAUCGUCGUGGGAAACCCUGUUAUCCUCAACAAGGACCCCACCUGGGAGAAAUUCAUCAGCUAUUGUGUGAAGGAGAAGGGUUACACUGGAUUUGACUUUGAAGACGCAGAAGGAGAGGAUGAUAUCGUGUCGAGACUGGCGACCCUGAAAAUCAACCUGGAUGAUGACGAUCCUGAAAUAGAGGAGAGUGCCCUCCAGCAGUAUCUGGACCCUGAGUGGAAAAAUGAGCAUUAACAUCUCCUUCAGACAACUUGCAUAAAAUAAAGCACCAGUUACGACAUCCAAGAUUUUGACAUUUACAUACACUAAGAUGCAUAGCAUGUUACUAUUCUGAGCUUUUAAUAUAACAUUUGCAACUAUUGUUUAAGAAUAUAUCCUUUUAUAAUAUGCAGUUUGCAUAUUUUGCUGCAGUCAAUCAGUUCCAGGCUUUUGAUAACGCCACAAUAAUGAAUCAGUGAAUCUUUUGUUCUUGACUUUUUCUCUCUUCAGUGGCUUCUUAAAUAAAACUGGCACUUAACAGAAAGUUCAGAGUGAGAGCAGAUAAUUCAAUUUCUCAGGAAUUCAUCACCGUACGUCUUGCUGCCGUUUGCCCUUGACAAGUUGGUCUCUCAUUAACUCAUCUAUUUCUUUCUGAUAGCAGAUGAUGCCUGAAAUAAACUCAUUUCUGAACCAUGUUGUUGUGCACAUUGUCCUGUCAGAACUUUUGAUUAAUCUUAACCUUUAAUGGCGUCUUACAC